AUUUAAUAAUGUUGUUUAGCGUUCACUGUAGGUUUGGAAAAAAAAAAUAUUCAACCCGACCGGAAGUUGGGCGGUACAGGAAGCAAAUGGUGGCGGGAAUAAAUAGUUUUGCAAACGUGCGUUUUAAACCGUACGUUUCGUACGAGUGAUACUAGUUUGUCUGGGAAUUAUAUUUCGUAACAAAGUCGUGAGCGCAUACCGUCAAUAGCUGGAACAGCCCAGGCAUGAGUGGUGCACACCUGGACGAAUGGCAGAGGAGGUCCUUUGACAUUUCAUCUGGCAAUUGUACACCUGAACAGACGGCCGAUGCCUACCGGGCCCACAUCCUCUCCAUUCAGUAUGCAUGGGCAAGUUCCCACCUCUCAGAGGCCGCCACAGGCAACCUGCUCAGGACCUACUCAGAGCGUUAUGCUGCAGUGCUGGACUCGGAUGACCCUCGCACGGGGCUUAACAACUAUGCAGAGAGCGCGCUUCAUCUGGCCCGCAACCAGAAGAACCACAGCGACAAAUGGGAAUCGUCCCUCACCGUGGAACGUGUGCUUGACUUGCCCUGCGUGCAGAAUAUGAUUCAAGCAAGGGCAGGGGGAGAAGGCUCCCUCGUGGCACCAGCAGAUGUUAGCAUAUCUGUUGGACAAGAGAGCAGCAGCAUCAGCUCCUUGUCUGCUUCCACUGCUGCUGGCAAGUCAGAAGGCAUGGCCUUCAAAACUAAUUGGCCACCACAAGCCAAAGUAGAGGUUGAUAACACAGCCACUCUUUCUGUAGAUAGACCUAAAACGUCUGAAGGAAUGUUAGAUAAUAUCUACUCAUCUUCCAGUUCAAACACGAGAGUCCAGCCGGUGUUUAGUCAUUCUUCGUCAGGGCCCCCUCAGAGCAACGCGCGGCCUGCUGGGAGCAACUCCCAAUCCAGUUUAUUUUCUACCUCCAAUCCAUCAAAACGGAAGAAUUUUUACAAUGAUGCAAGUGAAGGCAGGGGGACACAAGCAGGGGCUGACUUAAGACCUCCAUGUAACUUCAAAUCGGCCCGUGAGCAACUCAUUGUGGACCAACACAAGAAACAUUCCAAUCAGCCCCAAAGAGGAGCAACGUCUGCCGCUGUAGCACCUGUGAAAAAAUCCCUGGGAGCCAACAGGCCUCGAGGGGCUUUUUCUAAAUUUGUGUCUCCUAUGCCGCGGCACGGCGAAGAGGAGGGUGCUUCAAGACCUAACUCUAAUCAGCAGCCUCAGAUUCUGGAUGAACGACUGAAAAACUUUGAGCCAAAGAUAGUGGAAUUGAUCAUGAGUGAGAUCAUGGACCACGGCCCUCCUGUGUUGUGGGAGGACAUAGCAGGCCUGGAGUUUGCUAAGACCACCAUUAAGGAGAUUGUUGUUUGGCCAAUGUUGAGACCUGACAUCUUUACAGGCCUUCGGGGUCCACCUAAGGGAAUACUCCUGUUUGGACCCCCGGGGACCGGGAAGACGUUGAUAGGCAAAUGCAUCGCCUGCCAGUCAGGAGCGACGUUCUUCAGCAUCAGCGCGUCAUCGCUCACAUCCAAAUGGGUGGGUGAAGGUGAAAAAAUGGUGCGGGCCUUGUUUGCCAUCGCCCGCUGUCACCAGCCCGCUGUCAUUUUCAUCGACGAAAUCGACUCGCUGUUGUCCCAGCGCACUGACGGGGAGCACGAUUCGUCACGCAGAAUCAAGACGGAGUUUCUGGUUCAGCUGGAUGGCGCCACCACGGCAGCAGAAGACCGCAUCCUGGUGGUGGGGGCCACCAACCGACCUCAGGAAAUAGACGAGGCUGCCCGUCGUCGCCUGGCCAAGAGGUUGUACAUCCCCCUGCCCGAGGGCCCCGCCCGGCAGCAGAUAGUCACCAACCUCAUGUCUCGAGAGAAGAACCAGCUGAUAGCGGAAGAACUGGAACGCAUCGUCACCAACACAGACGGCUUCUCCGGGGCAGACAUGACGCAACUGUGCCGAGAGGCGGCCUUGGGACCCAUUCGCAGCAUUCAGCUCGACGACAUCGCCACCAUCACGGCGGAUCAGGUACGGCCAAUCCUCUACAGUGACUUCCAAGACGCUCUGAAGACCGUGCGACCCAGCGUCUCAUCCAAGGACCUGGAGCUGUAUGAGGAGUGGAAUAAGACAUUUGGAAGUGGUCGAUGAUGGCCUUAGCUAAAAAAUAAAUAAAUACACCAUUCAUUAAA